UUACGAAUAAAAAAAGAACAAUUUGUAAUAAACUCUGUCAACUUUUAUUCUGUUUGGUCAUUUAUUUUUUUCUAAUUAAUUAUAGAGUAGAGUUGAUUUAUUUAAAGAUAGUUUAAUUGUGAAAAUAUGUCUUCAAAACAACAUUGUCUAACCUGUACAGGUCACACGAGGCCAGUUGUCUUUCUUAAUUUCAGUAAUAUUACUCAAAAUGGUAAAUAUUACCUAAUCUCUGCAUGCAAAGAUGGUAAACCAAUGUUGAGGCAAGGUGAAACUGGUGAUUGGAUUGGUACCUUUGAUGGACACAAAGGAGCAGUUUGGGGGGUUGCUCUCAAUAGUCAGGCUAAUAGAGCUGCCACUGGAGCUGCUGAUUUUACUGCCAAAAUUUGGGACUGUGCCAAGGGAGCUGAACUAAUUACUUUCUCACAUUCUCAUAUCGUCAAGUCCGUUGCAUUCAGUUCAGAUGACUCAAAACUUGUCACGGCUAGCAAUGAGAAAUUAAUAAGGAUUUAUGAUCUUACAAAACCAGAAGCCGCGCCAACCGUAAUUAGUGGACAUACAGCGCCAAUAAAACAUGUAAUGUUUCUUAAUAACGACAAUUGGUUAAUAUCUGCGUCCGAGGAUAAAACUAUUCGAUUAUGGGACUGUAAAAGCUCCAAAGAAAUCUAUUGCUUAGCAUUUCCAAACAUUCCAAAUGAUAUCGAACUUUCAAGUGAUAAAAAUAUACUCACUGUUGCCUCUGGAAACUGUGUGGGCUUCUACGAGCUAACCUGCUUCACUAAAAUUAAAGAAUACAUUGCUCCAACUGAUGUCUACACUGCAACCUUGUCUCCUGACCAAUCAGUUUUCGUUUGUGCUGGAUUGGACUUCACAAUGUACAAAUAUCAAUUCAACAAUGGAGAAGAAUUAGAUUCUUUUAAAGGACAUUUUGGUCCAUUACAUUGUACCCGAUUUUCUCCUGAUGGUGAACUUUAUGCAAGUGCUAGCGAAGACGGGACUAUUCGUUUAUGGCAAACUUAUGUUGGUAAAAAUUAUGGUCUUUGGAAAUACGAACAAUAAUGGAAUUCCAAUCUUUUAGUGCAAAAUUUCGAUUAAUUUUGUUCAUUAAUUGAACUCGAUCUCAAGAUCUAAUCAGCAACUUUGAAACAAAGAGUACAACAAAUGAUCUUUUGCAAAUUUGGUUGUUUAAAGUUCAAAACAUAAUUUAAAAUUAUUAAUGCGUUCCACUAUUUCAGUGAUCUCUUCGUCUACUUAAUUUCACAAUUACUUUUCUACCAAAUUAAGGAAAAUUCCUGUCCAAAAAUAAAUCAAACCAAAAAACAUUUUUAUAAUUUUUUCAGAAAAAUAUCAUGUUCCAAGAAUACAUUCACAAGUCAAAUAACUCUUUCAAACGUAUUAUUCAUCAUGUCUCAAUUUUUCACUUAAAUCUCUAUCCAUAAAAAAAAUUAAAUUGUAUUUCCAAUUGUC